UAGAGCUGCUCAGCUUCACUUACUUGACAGUGUUAGUGUUUGCUGGUGCUGAACACGGCAGCCGGAUAGAAAUCUGCAAAGAUGGCCUCGGCAACAGCGACCUACGGACAGAAAGAGUCUUCGGACCAGAACUUUGACUACAUGUUCAAGAUCCUCAUCAUUGGCAACAGCAGCGUGGGAAAAACCUCCUUCCUGUUCCGCUACGCCGACGACUCGUUCACGCCGGCGUUUGUCAGCACAGUGGGGAUCGACUUCAAGGUGAAGACAAUCUACAGGAACGACAAAAGGAUCAAACUACAGAUCUGGGACACAGCGGGUCAGGAGCGUUACCGCACCAUCACCACAGCGUACUACCGAGGAGCCAUGGGCUUCAUCCUCAUGUAUGACAUCACCAACGAGGAGUCCUUCAACGCCGUCCAGGACUGGUCGACUCAGAUUAAGACGUACUCAUGGGACAACGCCCAGGUGCUGCUGGUAGGAAACAAAUGUGACAUGGAGGAUGAGAGGGUGGUGAAUGCAGAGAGAGGCCGGCAGCUCUCAGAACAUCUUGGUUUUGAGUUCUUCGAGGCCAGCGCUAAGGACAACAUCAACGUGAAGCAGACCUUUGAACGCCUUGUCGAUAUCAUCUGUGAAAAGAUGUCUGAGAGUCUGGAUGCCGGCGAUCCCGCCGUUACGGGGGCCAAGCAGGGGCCCCAGCUGACAGAGCAGUCUGCCCCUCCCCACCAGGACUGUGCAUGUUAAAGCUGACUCAGCAAUUCUUCCUGCUGUCAUUUUCCCCUCCGCUCCUUCAGCCGGACCCCCCCGCUCCUCAGAUCCUUACUUCAGCAUCCUGUUCGCUCCUCUUCCUGCUCCUUUUUGUUGGCUGAUGAUCACAAGAGAAGGGCUGAAAAGAGUCUAGGACGCUGCAGCAGGUGGUGUCCCCACAUUUUACCGAACGUGUUUCCGUUGAGUUCCUCCGCAUUCGGGAGACGUUAAGGUGUUUUUAAUCAGCGCAGGUGUUGAUCUGAUGCCAAAGCAAGCCCAGUAAAACCAGAGCGUCUCAGACUCUUUGCAGCCCAGGCUCUUGCCAGUUUCCCCUGAUCCUCAGUUUGGUUUUAAAAGAAGGAUUUGACGGCGAUCAUCCUCAGAGUGCCAUUUAAAUCCUUCCAGAGUUUACAGUUUCAUGUCUCGAAGUAAGAGAUGAAAGCCUUGGAUUUGGUGACCAAGACUGUGGAGUUUCACAGGUGUUUUCAAUUCAUCUGAGAAAUAAUCAAAAACCAUGUGUUGCAUUUCUUCGACGGAGUAUUAGGGUCACCCUAAAAAAACAAAAAAUAUAUAAUUACAAGAAUAAACCCAUGAAAUUGUGAGAAUAAAGUCAAAAUAAUACAU